GCCCCGGGCGGGACGGGGCUUCCGAGCUGUCCUGCCUGUCCUCUUGGGUAAAGUUCGUUCCCAGAGAGAUUCUCAGUUUCCCUGGUGAGGCAGGCCGCCUGUCCCAGUCAGGUACGGUUCUGCGCUCCGCACUCUCCGGGUUCCCCUCAGCGUAGAGCUGCAGAUGGUCUAGUCCGGCGGGGACACCGGCCGCCGGCCGCGGUGGGGACGUCGGGGGGCGAAGGGCGGCGCGCGCUCACCGCGCAGACGCGCAGCAUGGGGGCGGGCGCCCGCCGUCACCUUCCCCGUGUCUGUUACGAUCUUUGCUAGGAAGAACUCUGAGUACAAUAAUGAACACAAUGUACAUGAUGAUGCCUCAAAUCUUAAGAUUUCAUCUGAUAAAUGCUUCAGUGAUUCCUAAUCGAAUGAAAAUGCUUCCAUAUCUUGGUGUCAUUAGAAAUAGAAUGAUGUCGACCCAUAAAUCCAAAAAGAAUAUCAAAGAAUAUUACAUGCUGCUGAGUCUGGAUGAAGGAUGCUCUGCAGACGAUGUCAGAGAAUCUUUUCGCAAGCUUGCCAAGCAAUACCAUCCAGACAGUGGCUCUAACACCGCUGAUUCUGCGAUAUUUGUAAGGAUCGAAGAAGCUUAUAGAAAGGUGCUUUCCCAUGUGAUAGAACAAACAAAUGCCAGACAAAAUAAAGUUGAAGAAGCAGAAGAAGAGGAAGAAAAAUUCAAAUAUAAAACACCUCAACACCGGCAUUAUUUAAGUUUUGAAGGUAUUGGUUUUGGUACUCCAAGUCAACGAGAGAAGCAAUAUAGGCAAUUUAGGGCAGACCGUGCAACUGAACAAGUGAUGGAAUAUCAAAAACAGAAACUACACAGCCAUUAUUUCGCUGAUAGUCUAACUGUUAAAGAUGUAAGACACAGCAAAGAGCAAAAGAUAACUCAAGCUAUAGAGCGUUUAGUGGAGGACCUCAUUCAAGAAUCAAUGGCAAAAGGAGACUUUGACAAUCUCAGCGGGAAAGGAAAACCUCUAAAAAAGUUUUCUGGCUGUUCCUACAUUGAUCCUAUGACUCACAACCUGAACAGAAUAUUGAUAGAUAAUGGAUACCAGCCAGAAUGGAUCCUCAUGCAAAAGGAAAUAAAGGAUACUAUUGAGCAACUCAGAGAGGAAAUUUUAGUGUCUAGGAAAAAACUUGGGAAUCCAAUGACACCAAUGGAACAGAAACAAUGGGACCAAGUUUGUGAGCAGUUUCAAGAAAACAUUAGAAAACUAAACAAGCGAAUUAAUGAUUUUAAUUUAAUUGUCCCCAUCCUGACCAGGCAAAAAGUCCAUUUUGAUGCACAGAAAGAAAUUAUCAGAGCCCAGAAAAUAUAUGAGACUCUUAUAAAAACAAAAGAAGUCUCAGAUAAAAAACCAGAUAACACUGAUGAAGGAGGAGAGAAAACACCUGGGGUCAAGACAGGUUUUUUUAACUGGAUACAUCUGUGGAAAUUUAUUAAAAUAUGAUCAUUUUGAUGUUCACGAUCACA